CUGAGCGAGUGGCACGCAUUCGCUGUGCGCAUGGGCAACGCAGAGUUUGAGCGAGCAGCGGAAGCGGCGUGCCUGGGACCGUGCGCCGGCGCACUCGGUGAGGUAAACUUGGACGUGUCCGUGCGAGCUCAAGAGCAGCAUCGCUGUUUUUGCUCAUGUUCCGGAUCUGUGCACAGCCGCUGAAGACAGGUUGUCAGCUUCGGAAACUUAACGCAACUGUGAUCUGGAACCAACCUCGUAACAAAGCGUAAACAAAACGUGUCACGCGUAACGGGCGAAGAGUUGGAAUCAGUGUCAGCACUUCAGCCGAAUAAUCAUACAAAAGAGAAACUCUUGAGAAAUGUUUCGACCUAAAGCUACUCUAAAAGAUCGGCAGCACCUUUACCGACUCAUUAUUGGCCAGCUGCUAUAUGAUGGAUACAUGAACAUUGCAUCAAACCUGAUCAAUGAGAUCAAGCCGCCAUCAGUUUGCUCUCCCUCCGAGCAACUUUUGCACCUUGCAAAGCUUGGGAUGGAAAAUGAUGACAACACUGUUCAGUAUGCUAUUGGACGGUCAGACACUGUGGCUCCUGGUACAGGCAUUGACAUGGAAUUUGAUGCUGAUGUUCAGACUAUGUCCCCAGAGGCCGCUGAGUAUGAGACAUGCUAUGUAACAUCACAUAAAGGGCCAUGCCGUGUUGCCACCUAUAGCCGAGAUGGACAGCUGAUUGCUACAGGGUCUGCUGAUGCAUCUAUCAAGAUUCUGGAUACGGAGAGGAUGUUAGCAAAGAGUGCUAUGCCCAUUGAGGUGAUGAUGAAUGAGACAGCACAACAGAAUAUGGAAAACCAUCCAGUAAUUCGCACACUGUAUGAUCAUGUAGAUGAGGUUACCUGCCUUGCUUUCCAUCCCACAGAACAGAUACUGGCAUCAGGUUCAAAAGACUACACACUGAAACUUUUUGACUAUUCCAAGCCUUCUGCCAAAAGAGCAUUCAAAUACCUUCAGGAAGCAGAAAUGCUCCGCUCCAUCUCCUUUCACCCUUCCGGAGACUACAUUCUAGUGGGAACGCAGCACCCCACUCUGCGAUUGUAUGAUGUCAAUACCUUCCAGUGUUUUGUGUCAAGCAAUCCUCGUGAUCAGCACACAGAUGCUGUCUGUGCUGUGAGCUACAAUCCCAGUGCCAACAUGUACGUGACAUGCAGCAAAGAUGGCAACAUUAAGCUGUGGGAUGGGGUAUCGAAUCGCUGCAUCACAACCUAUGAAAAAGCACAUGAUGGUGCAGAGGUGUGCUCCAUUAUGUUCUCACGAAAUUCGAAGUAUGUUUUGUCAAGUGGAAAGGAUUCUAUUGUGAAACUGUGGGAAAUAUCAACUGGCCGUACAAUGGUCAAAUACACAGGAGCAGGAUUGAGUGGCAGACAGACACAUCGCACCCAAGCUGUCUUUAACCAUACUGAAGAUUAUGUGCUUCUCCCUGAUGAAAGGACAAUAAGCCUUUGCUGCUGGGACUCGCGUACGGCUGAACGCAAGAACCUCCUGUCUCUUGGACACAACAAUAUUGUUCGUUGUAUUGUGCACUCUCCUACCAAUCCUGGUUUCAUGACCUGCAGUGAUGACUAUAGGGCCAGGUUCUGGUAUAGAAGAUCCAGCACUGAUUGAUUCGUGCAGCUAAAGUAUGAGAAGGUGGGGGCAAGAAUCCUGGUACAGAGAAGAAGAUGGGAAGCAUUGUAGAAAAUGAAGUUCUUCCAUCUAGCUCUGUACGUUCCCUUUUUGCCAUUUCCCAAACUUUUGGCCUGAGGGAGUAACAAUUAAUUCUGAAGUAUUGGUUUACCAUCAGCUAAAAUAGUACUUGGUUUUUAUGAAGUUUCCCAGCUUGUUGACCUUCACUUAUUUGUAAUUGUUUGUAAUCCAUCUGCUUUUGUUCAUCUACAUUCCUGGACUAUGAAGAUAUAAAUAUGUUGUCAUAUGGGAAACUUCGGCAUCGUUUCGUGUGUUUUCAAACAUUGUCCCACAAUUGCAAUUCCAAAAAAUUAUCCUUGCUUUCCACAGUCGUGGAUGCACUUAAAGCCCUUUUAGUCUUCUAAGUCAAACAUAUGUCCCCGUCAUUUAGAAGGGGCUUUAAAAUAGGGGCUGACAUUGAUAAAAAUCAUCAAUUUAAUUUCCAGUCCCCUCAUUUCAUAGUUUUGACUAAAGUUGAACGUUUGUAUUUCUGAUGACAGAUAUCAUUGCGAUAACCUUUGUAAUUGACUUACUGUCAGUGGAUCCUUAUUCCAAAAGGGUCAAACAAUCAACUCCAACAUCUACCCUAUCUGCAUAAGCCGUAUGAUGACUGUUCAUAGACAAUUCAUUCAGGGGCAUUGCAGCAGAAAUAAAAUUCUGUUCUCAUCCUG